CUGAGAGUUGGGGCCAUAUAGCGCGCCGCCGCAGACGAUUGACCAGCAUUGAUGAUUGACCGCUGGGGCGUUUUUUGCUUCCAACGUCGCCCCAACUUGCGCUUCAGACCCCAUUGCGCUAACCACACCCCCACCCCCUAGCUGACAGAGAGUCGGAAAGCCUCACAACACCUCCCCCCACCAUGUCCAUCCUCGACUUCUUCCACCGCCACCAAGACCUCCGCCGCAUCUCAAAAUACGUCAAACGCCGCAAAGACUCCUCCCCUGCGCCCCAGAAACACGACACCUACUCCUCAACAACCUACCCCUCCCACUCCACCACCGCCUCCUCCUCCAACAAAUCCGCCUUCAAACUCGCCUCCGCCAAAAACAAAGAAGCCUCCAAAAACGCCUCCAUGUCCACAAUGGAAUCCUACGAAGCCCAUCAACGCGCCGCAAGGGACUUUUAUGCCGCCCCGCCCUAUAGCCUGAGCUGUGUCGAGGUCGGCGGGUAUGCGUACGCGGAGCAGAAACCCCCGCCAACGCCGCCGAAAGACAGUCCGAUGGGGGGACGGAGGGGCACGGGCACGCCCGAGGGGAUCCUGAUUGAUCUGAGUUGGGAUGAUGAUGCUGUGAUUGUGCAAGGCGGGGUGAUGAGGGCGGAACCGGUGCAGUUACCGUCGCCGGAGGAUGACAGGUGGUUGUAUGAGGUCGCAGCGGAUGUGGCGGUGCGGACGACGCAGCAGCCCAUCAUCCCUAACCGGAAAUCGUACGAUGCAAGUUCACGCACGACACGCCCGCGGAGCAGCAGUUAUACCAACCCGCCGCACCACCAGAAACCGCAGUACACAGACGUCGAGCCGUACCCUGAGCCGGCGUACGUGCCACCACCACCCCCCGUGAUGGCUCGAUCGCAGACGACGAUGGAUGUGAGGGUGAAACGACCGACGACGUGGUUUGGGAAGGGGAAGAGUAAGAGCUAUGUGGAUGUGACAAAGGUCAAGUCGAGUGAGGAGUAUAAUGCGUUGGAGGAUGUUGCGUAUCGGAGACGACCAUAACCCCACCCCACCGCCCUCACCCACCACCACCUCCAUAUCCCACCAAGUUAGAUUCGUAGACACCAGGACAUAUUUACGUAACCCGACAAAAUCCACCUUGUACAUGUACGACAUCCCCUCCCUCAACGCCCGCACGAACAGACAAGUUGGACGGAUUCUAUGAAACCAAAAACACCGUACAUUUCCCCCUUGGACCUCUUUUCCGUUUUAUAUAUGUAGAUUCGCGGACGGGACCUUUAAUAUACGCACUUGGCGGUCUUGUGAUUCGAGUGGAC